UGUAUUUUCCCUAUGGUCACCGAUGGUGUUCAUUGAUGUAUUAAACUGGUUUGAAACGUCAAAAAUCCGUUUAUAACACGAUAUACAUCAGGAUUGCCUGAACGUAAUGGAAAAACCGCUUCGGCGCUGACAGCCGGCUCGUAAUUUCGUUUAAAAAGGCAACAAAAACAAUCCCACUAUCGCCGGGGCUUUUCCAUUAAAGUUGCCAAUUUUUCUAACCAAAUACAAUUCAUAUAAAGUCAUUAACGUCUUUAUUGUGUCGUAUUCAGGCACAAGCAGCCUUCAGUCUAGUGGAACGGUCAUGGGAAUCCAAACAAAUGUUUCACGUCUUAAGAUAUCUUGAUUAAAAAACGUUGUACUGUCAGAAUUACAACAGCAAUAUACAGAGCAGAAUGAAGAUGUUUUCCAAAGAAAAUCCCAGAGUUGUGGACCUGGUCCGUCAAAGAGAACUGUCGGAAUCCUGUGCCGCUUCUCUGUCAAGGAAACUGCAGGUGACUGAUGAUUUGGUAGCCCGUUUGGGUUUAGAAAAAGAGCUUGAGGGUCACGGAGGUUGUGUCAAUUGUUUGGAAUGGAAUGAGUCCGGGGAAAUUCUUGCGUCUGCUUCGGACGACACACAUGUCAUACUGUGGGAUCCGUUCAGAUAUACAAAGAAAAAGGUAUUUCGCACAGGACACAGUGGAAAUAUAUUUUCUGUCAAGUUUAUGCCAAAAUCAAACGAUGGCAUUUUGGUAACCGGAGCAGGGGACUGCUGCAUUCGUGUUCACGAUAUCACAGUCUCAGACACGAUAUUAGUAUGUAGUUGCCAUAAAGGUCGUGUGAAAAGGAUCGCAACAGCGCCAAGUGUACCAUUCAUGUUUUGGACUGCUGGAGAAGACGGGCUAAUAUUGCAAUAUGACACAAGGGUUCCACACAGUUGCACAUCCCAGGACCGAAGGGCAGUUCUUAUUAACCUGGUCAAUCACCUUGGUCGUCUCGCCGAAGCAAAAUGCAUCACGAUUAAUGCUCGCAGACCAGAACUCAUUGCCAUCGGUGCCAAUGAUGCCUAUGUCAGGAUGUACGACAGAAGAAUGAUCAAACCAUCUACUUGCCAGGCUACGCCAGCCUCCAAUGUCGACGCAGUGAAUGAAAACUCGGAGGGAAUUGAUGCUCAAGCCCACUUGCAGCGUGCUGGAAAAGGCGACUCAGACGAUAACAUUCCCUUAGGCUGUGCUCGGUACUUCGUUGCCGGCCACUUGCGAACGCGGCAUCAAGACCAAAAGAGGAAUAGAAGCCUAGCUGCAACUUAUCUCACAUUUAGCGCCGAUGGAAAUGACCUUCUCGUCAAUAUGGGUGGCGAACAAAUUUAUCUCUUCGACGUUAACAAGGGCAGCAGCUCAAAAUUCCUUCCUAAGUGGACGAAUGGGACGCGAUAUUCGGUGCCCGGUGAUCAAUGGUGCUCGGAUCAAAAGCGGGAUGAGGGAAUCCAGCUAGAGACUUACUUCAAGCAUAAUGACCCUUUGGUCCUGCCCAUUCACAUUGAGAACAUCAAAGAAGAAGCAAAUACAGCCUUUCAGAAACAGAAGUAUACAACGGCGAUAAACUUGUACAACAAGGCUAUAGCUUGGUGCCCGCACGGAGCUGUCCUUUACGCAAAUAGAGCUGCAUCCUUCAUGAAACGUGCCUGGGAUGGCGACAUCUAUGCAGCGCUUCAGGACUGUCAAACGACGAUUCUUCUCGAUCCAAGACACGUCAAAGCUCAUUUUAGACUAGCCAGAUGUCUUUACGAGUUAAACCGAGCCCCGGAAGCUCACAAAGUGAUAAAAAACUUCCAGCAGAAUUUUCCCGAAUUUGCAACAAACUCAGCUUGCCGGGCUUUGUACAAAGACAUCAAGAAAGCACUCGGCUCUGAGGAAACCAAUGAAGAAGAAACUGAUGAGGUUGAAGAAGAAGAGGACAAGGAUGAGGUCGAAUUUCCCGUAGGCCAAGUCGCGCAGGGUGUAUCAGCACACGAGCUGUACUGGCAACGAAACAGCGUUGAUUACGAUAUCCGAUUCUGUGGUCACUGUAAUACGACGACUGACAUAAAAGAGGCAAAUUUCUUUGGCAGCGAUGGGCAAUACAUUGUGGCAGGAUCUGAUGACGGAUCUUUUUUCAUAUGGGACCGUGAAACAACAAAUAUUCUUAGAGUGCUACGCGGCGAUGAAAGCAUCGUUAAUUGCCUUCAACCACAUCCAUCUUCGUGUCUCCUGGCCACUAGUGGUAUCGAUCCAGUUAUUCGGCUAUGGAGUCCUCGCCCAGAGGAUGGGAGCCAGAACGAGCGAGCUAUAGAAAAUCUGGAGGAUGUAGCGUCGGCAAAUCAAUUAAGGAUGAAGAGCAACACGUUUGAAUUGAUGCUGUUGAACAUGGGAUACAGGUUUCCAGGGCAACAGGAUCACAACCAGGAUCAAUCGGGCGAUGACGGAGAUGAACGUGAGCGACCAAUGAGUCCAUCACAGACAUCACAAUCGCUCAAUUGCCGCCAGAGUUAAGAGAUGAAGCCAUACACAGUCGGAUGAGAGUAAUAAGAAUGACAGAGGAUUAAGAAGCUGUAAAAUUCAUUUGUCCAUAAACCCUCGACGCUUUUAUGAAGAUCGAAAUUAAUGACGCCGAGGUACACGUAAUAGACCGAUAAUCUAACUAACGACCACUGUCUCUCCAACGAAACCAGCCACCUCGACAGUGAGGUUUUACACGACUUUUGCUUCUCGUCAUAUACUGAAUGCACACAGCAUUUCGACAUUUCUAUGAAUGCAGACAUUCUGGAAAAGAAAUAUAGUAAUUAAAAUAUCAAAGACGCUCCACUCUCCUGACCUGAAAUAAGCUGAAGAGUUUUGAUCGAUUUACCUGGCCUGAGUUUUGAGAGUGUGUUCUAUGCCCCGCAUCAAAUCAUUGGUUUUUAAAACGAGAAGCAUUUGCCUAUUAACUCGUUCGAGCACUUCGCUAAUUUGGGGCAGAACGUUGGGAAGUUCCUCCUGAAAAGCGUCUCUCUGCAAGUUCGAACAAUCGGUGGUAAAAUUGAUCCAACUGAUUGGCACAAGAACAAACCAGCAAUCAAAUCCAUAUCACAUACCUCACUAUCGGUGAACUUGGUCUUUUGAAUACCCGCCAUUAUCGUAUCCCAACUUCGCCCAGAUACCAUACAAACAAGGAGUCCGUAUAGAUCGCCGACGCCAAGAGUCUCUGCGUAUUUUCGCAUCUGUAUUCUGUCACCAUUCAAUAUUGCGAGCCACAGCUUGGCAUACUCCCAUCGGAAUUGAUCAGAAAGUGUCUGAGACAGGGAAUAAAACGGAAGAUAGGACAAUACAUUCAGGACAUACGAUAACGGAGCCAAGUAGCGCUUACCGCAUAUAAACCAUGAUCCAGCAGCACAAUUUCCGCCUCGUGAUCCCUUUUCCUUAUCAAGAUAUUUCCGGGGUGAGGAUCGGAGUGGACGAAACCGUCAACAAAUAUCAUGCGACUAUAGAGCCGCCCGAGUUUACCGCUAACUUCGUACGGGUUCACGUUAUGCGCUCUCAGGUAGUCGACAUCGUUAACGUACCCACCUUCGAGAAAUUCCAUUGUUAGAACUCUAGAUGACGAGAACUCCCAGAAUAUGCUUGGAACCUGAUGAUAAAAUUUGUUAAAAAAUACAGUCAAUAUUGGAGUAAAACUGGGAAAAAAUUUCGAAGAAAAUAUGGCAACUUUCCGACCUUAAGCCAAUGGAAAUCCUUGAAGAGACUCUUGACCUUCUCUGCAUUUCUUCCCUCAAGGGUGAAGUCUAGCUCCUGAGGUAUAUUUUUCUUUGAUUCGUCCACUAUCCAGUCAAACUUAAAUUCUGGAAAGACCCACGAUGUGAUCUUCACGAGAGCUGCCAUUGUCUUGAUGUCGACAUAAGAGUUGGACUUUACAGCCCUGAAGAGAUCAAUUUUGAUAAUGAAAGUUGAGAUGGCUACACUCAUUCGUUACAUUCUUAAUUUUACUCACCUGUGCUGCACCUUCACCGCAACUGAUCUUCCAUCAAGAAGCACGGCUUUGUGAACUUGGGCAAGACUGGCCGUACCCAAGGGAACGGAUUCAAUCGAUUUAAAUAUUUCAUAAGCCUAAAAUAGAUGCGAAAGAUGUUUAUACCUGCUCGAAAAGCAUUAAAUAAGGAUUAAAUAUGCAUAUUCUACUUACAUCCUUUUUGAAAUCCUCUUUUAUCACAGUCAGGAUAUCAGGAAAGGAAGACUGGGGAGCUGAGCUGUGCAAUAUUCUCAGAGUUUUUACGUAUUCAGCAGGCAGCAGAUAGUCCAAUGCUCCAAUGUGCUGCCCCACCUGUAAAAUAGAACUAGUAUUGUCAUCGUUGUUGCAUUACUGCUAAAUAUUUGGUGCUUACCUUAAUGUAGACACCCUUGUUAGCGCAACAGAGAUCCAGCAGUUUUUGAGCACCGUAUAAAUGCACUUCAGAUUUCAGCUUUGCAUACUCAGGAGACUCUUUGUCAAGUUUAGCCGAAUAGAGCUUUGUUUUGUAAUGUG